AUGGAAGUCUAUGACCGGGGAUUACUGCAAUGGCCUCGGCCAAUGUUCUCCAGGCUGGAGGACGGAAACAACAACAAGUUCUGUAAGUUCCACAAAGAUGUGGGCCAUGACACCAAGGACUGCAGACAACUGAAGAGAGAAAUUGAAGAUGUGAUCCAAAAGGGUCACUUGAGAAGGUAUGUCAAGGAAGAUGCGAAGGGCAACUCCAGAGGUCGUGAGGCUGCAAGAAACGACCGAAGAAGGGAUGAUAGAGACCAUAGAGGAGAGGAUCGAGGUCGCCAAGAAGAUCAGAGGGACGAUCGCAGGGAGGUCUGCAGAAAUCGAGAUAAGGCCAAUACGCCCACGACACCUGCCAUCCUCACCAUCCUGGGAGGACCAAGACAGGAGUCAGCCCGCAAAGCCAAGGCAAAAGCAAGGUUCGUGGUAGUGGCUGAAGUGCCUGAGAAAAGAGCGCACACUGAACCUGUGAUCAUGUUCUCAGACAAAGACAUAGAGGGGCUGACCUGGCCACACGACGAUGCCGUCGUAGUUCAGGCAGUCAUAGCCAACCGACCUAUCCACAGGAUUUUAGUAGACACGGGAGCAUCUGUAGACAUGUUGUCCUACGAAGCAUACUUGCAGUUCGGGUUUGAGCCAAGCACACUAAAGCCCGAGAUGGCACCUUUAUACGGAUUCUCGGGCUCACCAACCCCAAUCAAGGGGUCGGUGGAGCUCUUAAUGACGAUGGGAACAGCACCGUGCCAGAAGACCAUAAAAGUCAACUUUAUGGCAGUUCGAGUGGCAACCACCUACAAUGCCAUUCUGGGCAGACCCAGCUUGAACGAGCUGGGCACAGUAGUCCCCACUAAACAUCUGAAGGUCAAGUUUCCCACUCCUAAUGAUAUAGGGGAAUGCCAAACGGAGCAGAAGAAGGCCCAGGAGUGCCAUGCUAUAUUUUUGAAAGACAUCAAGGGCAACUGCAGAGGAACAGCCUAUCAGGUGGAGGUCACAGAUAACCGCAAAGAAGAUAAGCACUAUUAG